AUGGCCAAGGGCAUUUUCUUGUUGGCUGUACUAGUAGUUAUCCUAGCUUUCGCAACGGUAGAGAGCAUCCCCUUCACCGAAAGGGACCUCUCAUCGAAAGAAAGCCUGUGGGAUUUGUACGAGAGGUGGAGGAGCCACCACACCGUGACGAGGGACCUCAAUGAGAAGCACAGGAGGUUCAAUGUUUUCAAGGAGAAUGUCAAGUUUAUCCAUGAGUUCAACAAGAAGGAUAAGCCGUAUAAGUUGGGGCUCAACAGGUUUGGAGAUAUGACGAAAGAUGAGUUUAGAAGAACUUUUGCGGGGUCUAGGAUUAGUCACCAUAGGAUGCUCAGGGGAAAUCCUCGUGGUGGUGGAGGAUUCAUGCAUGGAAACACUGAGGGUCUCCCAUCAUCUGUGGACUGGAGGCAGAUGGGUGCUGUUACUCCGGUUAAAGACCAAGGCCUUUGCGGGAGCUGCUGGGCAUUCUCUACUGUUGUGGCCGUGGAGGGAAUAAAUCAGAUAAAGACCGAGAAACUCGUCUCGCUAUCAGAGCAAGAGCUUGUUGAUUGCGACAAAGCCGACAACAAUGCAGGUUGUGACGGAGGUCUAAUGGACGUUGCAUUUGAGUUCAUCAGGAAAAAUGGAGGUAUAACAACCGAGGAAGACUAUCCGUACAUCGCCAAAGAACGGCAGUGUGAUGCGAGAAAGGAGAACUCCCAUCAUGUGGUCGUGAUCGACGGACACGAGAACGUUCCUGCCAACGAUGAAGAAUCUCUAAUGAAAGCAGUAGCAAACCAGCCUGUGUCAGUUUCCAUAGAAGCAAGUGGCCAAGCCUUCCAGUUCUAUUCAGAGGGAGUUUUCACAGGCGACUGUGGCACAGAAUUAGACCACGGAGUCGCUGCGGUUGGCUACGGAACGACGCGGGACGGUACCAAGUAUUGGAUCGUGAAGAACUCUUGGGGAGCAGACUGGGGCGAGAAAGGAUACGUUAGGAUGGAGAGGGGCGUGUCGGCGCCAGAGGGACUGUGCGGUAUAGCGAUGGAUGCAUCUUAUCCGAUCAAGAACUCUCCAAAUCCUCCCCAGAAGAAGAAGAAUGCAUCACCCAAAGAUGAACUCUGAGAUGUUUCGGAUUGGUUUAGGAUGGCAAUUUGAGAUUAAUUACUAGAUUUCUUACGUCGUGUGUGUUAUGUGUGGAUAUGGAUAAAUUUGUACUAGGUGAGAGGGUUUUAUUAA